AUGAGCCAAGAUCAAAAUUACUGUCGUUCGUUUCAAGAUGUUGGUGUGCAAGUACAAAGUGGAGAUCUACUGCCUAAAUUUAUUCAAUUUUUAAAAAGUGAUAGUGAAUUAAGCACAUUCACAGGUAUCGAAUCCUUCAAUAUUUUUAAUACAAUAGUAGAUUUGGUAAAACUUGUAAAACCUGAAGAUUCUAAGGCCAAAUUAAGCGUGCAAGACAAAGUUCUUAUGACAUAUGUCAAAUUAAAACAAAAUAUGUCAUAUGCAAUAGCUAUUCCUUGGCCAUCAGAAGAAGAAAUUUCAAGAAAUUUACCACAAUGUUUUGAAGAUUUCAAAGAUGUACGAGUCGUCUUGGACUGUACAGACAUUUUCGUACAAAAAUCAAAAAAUCUCUGUUGUCAGCUUAAUACUUACUCUCAUUACAAGGGCACAUAUACUUGUAAAUUUUUGACAGGUGUUACACCAGCUGGAAACAUUUCUUUCAUCAGCAAGCCAUAUGGCGGUAGAGCAUCGGACAAAGCUAUUUUUGAACAAAGUAAUCUGAAGAAUUUAUUACAACCAGGUAAUGCAGUAAUGGUCGACCGUGGAUUUCUUAUUGAUGAUAUGUGCCAAAUUAAUGGAUGGAAAUGCAUAAGACCUCCAUUUUUAAAAAAUAAGAAGCAAUUCACAAAGUCGGAAGCAAUUCUUACUUCUAAAAUAGCAUGUGCAAGAGUUCACAUCGAGAGAUCAAAUCAACGAAUCAAAGCUUUUCAAAUUGUUGGUAGUAGACUGCCGGUCAAUCUUGUUCCAUUAUUGGAAGAAAUUUUCACAGUGAUCUGCGCUACAUUUAAUUUGAACUCACCUAUUUUAAAAGAUGUUACAUUCAUACAAGUAUAA